AUCAAGCACUUAGGCAUGCAGACUGCUUCUACAAACAUUUGUGAAAGAAUGGGUCGCUCUCAGGAGCUCAGUGACUCCAAGCGUGGUACCGUGAUAGGUUGCCACCUGUGCAAUAAGUGCAUCCGUGAUAUUUCCUUGCUACUAAAUAUUCCACGCUCAACUAUUAGUGGUAUCAUAACAAAGUGGAAGCAACUGGGAACAACAGCAACUCAGCCACCAAGUGGUAGGCCACAUAAAAUAAAAGAGUGGAGUCAGCGCAUGCUGAAGCGCACAGUGCACAGAAGUUGCCAAUUGUCUGCAGAGUCAAUAGCUAAAGACUUCUAAACUUCAUCUGUCCUUUAGAUUAGCACAACAACAGUGUGUAGAGAGCUUCAUGAAAUGGGUUUCCAUGGCUGAGCAGCUGCAUCUAAGCCUUACAUCACCAACUGCAAUGCAUUGAAUGCAAUGGUGUAAAGCACGCCGCCACUCCAGAGACGAGAACGAUAUUUGCCUGACUGCAUUGUGCCAAGUGUAAAAUUU